AUGCAUUUACAAAUCAAUACCUCCAACUCAACCGAACAUAUGGUGCUGUCCUCAACGGAAAAUAGUACAAAUAAUUCAACUACAUGCUCACCCAAUGUGUCAAGGAAAAAUAGUUUGGCCACCAUAAGUUGCAAUUCUCCCGACAAGGCAUAUAUCAAGCCAGAGUUUGGGCAAUAUCUUUCGGUGAAGGACAUGAUGGUCGACAAAGGAGGAACCACUGAUAGCGAUGAAGAUACUCUGGCAGACGAGUCCGCAAUGCCAAAUGUGGAGAAAAAUGAAGAAACAGAACCUUACUGCAUAUUCUCCAAGCGAAAGAAGUGGGCUAUCGUCAUGAUGGCAGCUGUAGCCACCUUUAUUUCUCCACUUACAGCAAAUAUAUUUUUGCCCGCCAUGAAUUCCAUGCAAGAAUCACUUAAUGUGUCGAUUACGGAAAUAAAACUCGGUGUCACAGUCUACAUGAUUUUUCAGGCCAUCUCCCCUUCGUUUUGGGGUGCACUCUCUGAUGUCUGGGGACGUCGUCCGGUUUAUCUUAGUACUAUGCUUGUCUACAUAGGUGCGUGUGUAGGAUUGGCCAUGACGCAAUCAUACCCGGUACUACUGGUUUGGCGUAUGAUUCAAGCUUUUGGUUCAAGUUCCGUUGUCGCCAUAGGUGCAGGUACCAUAGCCGAUAUCUGUACUCCAUAUGAGCGUGGAGGUUACAUGGGUUAUUAUUCCCUUGGCACUACUAGUGGGCCUGUAUUAGGUCCUGUCAUCGGUGGCAUUAUCUCACAGGCUCUGGGCUGGCGUUGGAUCUUCUGGGUUUUAGCAAUGUUAGGAGGUGCCUUAGUUACCGUCCUUUUUUUGUUCCUCAACGAAACCCUUCGUUCUCUAGUUGGAAAUGGCAGCGGAUAUGCCAAUCCUACACCUUUCCAAUGGUUGAAGCGCAGAAGGGACGGAAGAAGAAGUGGUCCACAAGAACAUGCUCAAGUCCGACUUCCUGAAGCAAAGCGAAAAUCCCUCAAUCCUUUCCAAAGUCUAUUGUAUUUGCGCGAAAAAGACGUAGCAAUUCUUGUCUUGUAUUACGCUUUCCAGUACGGCGGAAUGUACUGUUUUACAACUAGCGUGCCAGUUAUUUUCUCGAAAAUUUACGGACUCAACGACAUGCAAAUCGGAUUGACUUAUCUUGCUAACGGAUUUGGAUGCGUUUUUGGCUCUGUUGUGCAGGGAAAACUUUUGGAUCGUAAUUUCCGAACAAUCGCCAUCAAGCAUGGCAUGGAUCCUGCUAAACUUAAGGGUGGGAACCUAACACCAGAAUUUCCUCUGGAGUACGCAAGGUUACGGCUUGCCUGGAUUCACGCUUUGGUAUUUAAUAUUAUUUUAGUGUUAUAUGGCUGGUGCCUGUAUAUCAAGGCUCAUCUGGCAAUUGUUCUUGUUUUACACUUUAUUCUUGGAGUAACUGGUGUCGCCAAUACCAACUCUAUACAAACCCUGAUGGUUGACAUGUUUCCUGGUCGUUCUGCUUCCAUCAUGGCUAGUAACAAUUUGGUCCGCUGUCUCUUUGGAGCUGGUGCCACAGUGCUGAUCGAUCCGGCACUAGAGACUCUUGGUGUUGGUUGGGGAUUUACUGUUGUAUCUUUGGCACUGCUGCCUAGUCGUCUUCUGGUCUUGCCCUUGCUGAAGUGGGGUCCAACUUGGCGACAGCAGCGAAUAGAAAAAUGGCAGGCAGAAGCUGCCACAAAUGGCAAUUGA